AGGACAGAGCGUCACAUCUCUCCAAACGCCCAUCAAACUUUCACCACAGCCUGUAAAGAGGACCCAGUCCUCUGAAAGAGGCCUGUUAAGAGACAACGAGGACACGCUGGAUUCUGGGAGGACGAUUGGACAGCGAUGGAGACACUACUGGCGAUGACUUUUGGUACAGUUUGACCCUGCUGUGAAUCCCACUGAAAACACCCUGUUCAGUUUUUUUUUUGUCCUUUUCGCGACUGAGCUACGGGAAUGGAGCAAGCACCCAGCGCGCCGAGCCCUCCUCCCAAACCGGCCCAUCACGAGCCCAUCAGCUUCGGCAUCGACCAGAUCCUGGGAGCCGGUACAGAGCCAGAAAACGGGCGCACGGCUGGAAGACAAAGUGGAUCAGAUUUAAGCAGCGGGGACGGUUAUUACAGUUUAGGAAGCCCGACCGGGGCCAGCGCGCCCUCUUACACCGCGCUGUCUAUCUCCCUCUCCGGUAUAAUGCCUCCGGUGGAGACUUCAGGUUCAUACGGGGAGAGCAGGAGUCUGGGCAGCCGUGGAGUGAUUCGAGUCCCGGCCCACAGACCGGUGGCAGCCCCGGGACCCCCAGCCCCCGUCCAGGGCGCUGUUCCCGGGUUUGGAGGACUGUGCUUCCCGUGGAUAGGGAACAGGUUCGCCAAGGACAGAAUAUCAGCCGCUCUUGUGCCGUUCGCCGUUACACGGCGGAUAGGACACCCGUACCAGAACCGGACGCCUCCCAAACGGAAAAAGCCCCGCACGUCCUUCUCCAGAGUUCAGAUCUGCGAGCUGGAGAAACGCUUCCACCGGCAGAAGUACCUGGCCAGCGCCGAGCGGGCAGCUCUGGCCAAGAGUCUGAAGAUGACAGACGCACAGGUCAAAACCUGGUUUCAGAACCGCAGGACCAAGUGGAGGAGACAGACAGCCGAGGAGAGGGAGGCGGAGCGUCAGCAGGCCAAUCGUCUCAUCCUGCAGCUGCAGCAGUCCGCCCUCCAGAAGUCCCUCAGCGAAUCAGCGGUGUCGGAUCCACUGUGCGCCCAUAACUCCUCCCUGUAUGCCCUGCAGAACCUCCAACCCUGGGCCGAGGACAGGGAAUAGAGACCAAACACCAGGCUGCAAUCAAUAAGCAUCAUCUAUUACCCCUGGGAGGAUAAAUAAAUUAAAUUAGGCCUACAUGAGGACAGUGGGACUUACUUCGAUCCAUACAAUGGAGAAAAAAUUUAUGUUGGACCAGAAAAACUGAAGAGUGGGCCACAGCCAUUAGAGUGGAUGGUUGUGAAACUGGACCUGAAAUGAUGGUGAGUGAGUGACGCCUGUCUUGAAGCAGAAACUGAACUUUCUUGGACUAAAUCUUGCAACUCUGUACCUGGGAACAAUGAGACUUUUCAAAUUGAAAGAGGAACUGAAACAGAACUUGUCAUUAAAAAUUCUUGUCACCCUGUGAUUGUCCUCUUAUGCUUGUACUUAUUCUGUUUAUUAGAAUAAGAGGGAGAGAGAAAUUUAGCCUAUAGACCUGAAGGAGGUAAUGAAUUUUCCACAGUGACACACAACAUGAUUGAACAUUUUGUAAAGGUGUUUUCUCCCUAUUCUGAAACAAACAUCCUUUGCUUCACUUUGAAAGAGUUAGCUCUGUUUUAUUAGGGGAGGAACAGCAGCCAAACACUCCAAGACCUAUACAAUAGUUUACUUACAUAAAAUGUGUCAGCCAGUUUUAAAUAAAUCUCUUGCUCAGUUUUAUCAAAAUAUAAAAGAAAAAUGCAGAUAAAAUCUGCCUAUUUCAUUUAAAUUAUUCUGGUGCUGCAACCUUUUUCAAAUCUCAUUCAUAGAUUUACUCACUCCACUACAAGCACCUGUACAUACACAGGUGUGAUGCACCAGAGUAGCCCUCAAAAAUGAUGCCCAAAUGUUGCAUUAUGGGAAAACUGCUAUUGUGAGCAGUAAUAAAAGGAAAAUAAAUGUCAGGAUUAGUGGGGAGAGAGGUGAAAAAGAGGCUGUAAGUUGGGUAAUAAAGGGAGUGAUGCA